AUGGUAGAUGCAAGUCCGUAUUUAGGAAUAAAGACCAGUACAAAUGGUUUGCCACUUGCUAACUAUUUUAUGACGGAGCCUACAAAAUCCAUCUAUGGAAGUAAUAACAAUGUCACCGUGGAUAAUUGGUUUACUUCAGUUAGUUUGGCUGAUGAACUACUCAAAGAUCCAUAUAAACUAACAAUAAUUGGAACGCCCAGAAGUAAAAAAAAGGAAAUACCACCAGUACUGCUGCCUACAAGACAGAGAAAUGCAAAUACAUCAAUGUUUUGUUAUGAUCAGGAGAAGGUGUUACUUUCGUACGUGUCUAGAAAGCAGAAGGUUGUACUGCUAUUGUCUACAAUGCAUCAGGUAGGUGAAAUUUCAGAAGAAACAGGAAAACCUGCGAUUGUUCAGAAUUACAAUGAAACUAAAGUUGGUGUCGAUACAUUCGACCAAUUGUGCACCAACAUGAGCUGCAGCAGAAAAACUAAAAGAUGGCCCCUGUGUGUUGUGCUAUAUGUUAUGAUCAAUAUGGCCAACAACAACUCCUUUGUGAUUUAUUCGAAUAAUACUUUAAAAAGGGGAGAGAAAUCCCUUUCGCGAUACGCGAUAGAUUUGAGUCGCCGCCUUGCUGAUGAGAAGAUUAGCGGCACCAAUUUUGAUGUGAAAUAUCCGCCAAGAAAUUGCUCUAAUUUUGAAUAUUCAAAAUGA